CAUGGCGACAGCUUCAGGCGUAGAGGAUGAGGAGAGUUUGAGGGCAAAGAUUCGAGAAAAUUUCACCAACUGCUCCAUCUGCCUCAAAGAUUUUGAAGAUCCAAAAGUUCUGCCCUGUCUUCACACCUACUGUAAGCGAUGUCUGGCCAGCUACAUCCCCGGUAAUACACCAGGGAGCAAGUUCCUGUGCCCCGUGUGCCGGAAAGAAACAAUGCUUCCAGAAGAAGGAGUUGAAGGCUUCCUUCGUAACUACUUCAUAGACAGCCUCCAGGACACUGUGUUCACCCCGACCAGGAAGAAAAAAUGUGAUGCUUGUGCCAUAGACGGCGAUGAUGUAGAGGCAGUGUCCAAAUGUCUCAACUGCAGUGAGUACCUCUGUAGUCCUUGUGCCAAGUCUCACAUUCGUUUCAAAAUGUCACUGAACCACAAAAUCUACACCUUAGAUCAGCUUCACAGUGGGGAACACCAUCAGGAGGUCCAGGAAUUCCAGCGUGUCUUCUGUCCUGAACACAAAGAAGAACCCAUCAAGUAUUUUUGCCUUAAGUGCCAGAUACCCAUUUGCCGUGACUGCAAGGUCCUCACUCAUGAUGAACACAAGUGUACAUCCCUGGAUACUGCCAUAGAAACAGUGAAGCCCAAACUGGCGUCCAUGCUGGAGAAGUUAGUCGACAAGAUCAGCGUACAGGAAAACGAUUUAACCAUCCUUCAGGCUGUGCUCAGGGACCACGAAACCAAUACCAGCUGUGUGAUGAAGGACAUCUCAGACCACAGUCGCCAUCUUCAGCAACAGAUUCAGCAGCAGGAGAAAAAGCUUCUCCAAGAAGUUCAGCAAGUCAGCGAGGCUCAUAAGAAGAACAUCACCUUGUACUUGGAGAGUUGUGAGGUCACCACGUCAACCAUGAAGAGCACCUCAGAUCUAGUAGGCAGCAUCCUGUCCCGUGGUACUCCAGCCGAGAUCCUCAUUUUACAGCAGCAAGUAGGACACAGGUUACAGGAGCUCCUGCUGCCAUCUGGUGACGGUGAUAUCCCACAACACCUCAGCCUUCAACUACAGACCAACAGUGAUGUUGAUAGAGAAAUGGACAAGGGCACAGGACUUGGGACGAUACAACAAGACAGACAAGAUAUUCAAGGCAUUAGUUCACGUGAACCAUCGUGUGUAACACAGAAGGCACAGAUCAAAAAUAAACCGCACUUGGUUAGUCAGUUUGAUUCAAACUGUAUCAAUCCAUUUAGUCUGACCACCUGUGCCAAACCGCAGCAGGGAUACCUGGUGGUGGAUUAUGAUAACAACAACGUGUGCAGAUUUAGCUCAGAUGGACAACUCCUUUUGCAGCAAUCCAAGGCUGGUAGCAGGUCACUGGACAGACCUUUUGGUGUAGCAGUACUACCUGAUGGUACCAUAGUGGUCUCUGAAUAUGACAACAAUAAACUAAACUUCAUGUCACGGGACUUAAAUAUUACUAAAGAAGUGGAUAUGGAUGGUCCUGAUGGUUUACAUGUUACCGACUCCAAUACCAUUCUGGUUGCUCAGCCUAAUCUUAAACAAGUCAGCAUUGUCAACCUUCACGGUGCCACAGUGGGUACCAUAAAGCAUAGUAGCUUUCAGUGGCCUUGGUAUGUGACUGUUCUUAAUAUUAGGAACAUUGUUGUUUCUGAUAACGAAGCUAAAGCAGUCUUCAUCCUGAGUCCCACUGGAUCACUGCUCCACACCUACACUGGCUCUGGACAGAAUCAACUCUGUAAUCCAUGCGGUGUCUGUGUUGACCAGUAUGAUAACAUUAUGGUUGCUGACUACAUCACCAACAAAACUCACAUCAUUUCAAAUGAUGGCGAGUUUGUCCAGUUCUUAGCAACAGAAGAUGACGGGUUGCAGGCUCCAUGUGGUUUAACCAUCAACCAUGAUGGUGAUAUAGCAGUGUCUCAGCACGGAGGGAAGAUCAAGGUGUUUAGGUACAUGGAUUCAGAGUAGAUGAAAAUGAAUAAACCUGUCCUGUGGAGAUCGAUCAGUGCUUAAUGGUAUUUUUUCACUGUGGUGAACGUAAACCGUUUCUGAAGAGACACGUGCUUCAUUACCUAUGAUUACGAUUAUGAUUGGCUUACUUUAGACUGAAUUUCGUUAUGGUUGUUGAUUGCCAUCAUGAUAGAUAUUUUUAGUAACAUGGUAGUCAUCAUUUUUGUGUAAAUUUGCAAACAAUAAAAAACAUAUUUGUUCAUAUAUCCAG